AUGGAGGAGCGCAGCGAUUCCGAGCCUACCCCGGGCUGUAGCGGCCUUGGCCCGGGUCCCGUUCGCGCUGGCGGCGCCACCCCCACGUGGGCUCCCGAGGACGCCUGGAUGGGCACACACCCUAAGUACUUAGAAAUGAUGGAAUUAGAUAUAGGAGAUGCCACCCAAGUUUAUAUAGCAUUCUUGGUUUACCUGGAUCUCAUGGAGAGUAAAAGUUGGCAUGAAGUAAACUGUGUAGGAAUACCAGAACUACAGCUUAUCUGCCUCCUUGGCACUGAGAUAGAAGGGGAGGGGCUACAGACUGUGGUGCCCACACCCAUUUCUGCCCUCAGCCAUAACAGGAUAAGGGAAAUCUUGAAGGCGUCUAGAAAACUGCAAGGUGAUCCAGAACUGCCGAUGUCUUUUACUUUGGCCAUCGUGGAGUCAGAUUCCACAAUAGUCUAUUAUAAGCUUACAGAUGGAUUUAUGCUGCCAGACCCUCAGGUCAGUUUUGUAGUAACUGACAGGAAACUGGUGGAGGAGAAAUGGCGUGGCAUGGAGCAGGCCACUCGGGCUUCCGCUUCAAGGGAAAAACGGCUGUAUAAACCCCUCAGAAAACUGUCCCUGUCUUGUGCAAAGCAGUGCGUUCCUAGCUAUUUUUGAAAAAAUAAUUUGAUUCUCCUAUCCUCUGGAGAAUUUAUUUCUCCGUAGCGUUUGUGAACUCAUCAUGCAUUAAGCAAGUAACUGAGGUGACAUGCAAAGGCCAGUGACAGUUUUAAUCAGAACACCUUUCUACAAAAUACCAAAUUACUUGACGUCCUGUUGGUAAUAUUUUAAUACAUAGUUGGCAUAUGCUUUCUCUCCAUUUGUCAGCCUGAUUGGGAUAGUUAUAUUACAUAUCUGUCUGAUUUUACUCUUGCAUGUGCUCCUCCGCUAGCUGCAUUUUGAUCUUCUUCCUUUGCAUUACAGAAUAUUUCUCUCAGAAGGAUG